UCACACCGACACCUGUUCAUAUGCUAAUCAGAUAGAUAUGUAAAUGAGGUGCUGGGCAGAUGAACCCAAAGCCCAACGUUGAGUUCUGUCUCUCCCCAUUGGUUCCUGUCAUUCAGGCCUUUCCUACUCAGAUGUCCCCCGAGUCCACGUGUUGCUGGGGCAGUCGUUCUCUCUUGCCCCGGGUCAGAACCUUAGGAACAGUUCCUAUCAGUAUCAUUGGGGUAAAGGGAGCCAGAUGCUGGGGAAGAUCCGCAAUGGUGCCUGCGUCUCCGGCUGUGGGGAGACCUCCAUGAUCUUCAGCAAUGGAACUUUCUGGAAGAGCCAAGCGGAGCGGGAAGACGAGGGGACCUACUCAGUAGACGUGUAUAAUGGAUUUGGGGUCCACUUUCACCGAGCGGAGAUCUUUCUACAGAUCAUUGAUAUAGUGCAAGUGGCCCUGGGAGAGUCAGCCAUUCUCCCUCCCUGUAGGACCGCCCCAGAGGAGCCGUAUGAGGCUCAGUGGAGGAAAGGGGCGGAGCUGCUGCAGAAGCUGCAUAAGGGAAGUUGCAUUGGUGACUGCGGAGAGAGGUACCGGGUGUUGCCCAAUGGGAGCCUGUGGCUGGGCCCCGUGCAGCAAGGAGACGGGGGGAUGUACUCAGUAGAGCUCUAUGAUGUGUCCGGGCACCGCAUCCACCGCGCUGAGAUCUUUCUGCAGAUAAAUAAUGAGACCCCCGGGGGUAAGUGCCUGCAUGCAGGGGGGCAGGUAGGUGGUACAGACAGGGCUGUUGUUAGGGAAAAAAAAAAGUAAA